GGCAGCUGCGUCAGGGCACUGACGUCAGCAGUCGAUCAUGGAGGAAUAUGCCCGUGAACCUUGUCCAUGGAGAAUAGUAGAUGACUGUGGUGGUGCGUUUACGAUGGGGGCCAUAGGUGGGGGGGUGUUUCAGUCCAUCAAAGGCUUCAGGAAUGCGCCUGUGGGCGUACGACACCGACUGAAAGGGAGUGCGAACGCUGUGAGAAUUAGAGCACCUCAGAUUGGAGGUAGUUUUGCAGUAUGGGGAGGGCUCUUCUCCACAAUAGACUGUGGCCUGGUCCGACUGAGGGGGAAAGAGGACCCCUGGAACUCAAUCACUAGUGGAGCCAUGACCGGAGCCAUCUUGGCAGCACGCAGUGGGCCGUUGGCCAUGGUUGGCUCUGCCAUGAUGGGGGGAAUUCUGCUGGCCCUGAUUGAGGGCUUUGGCAUCCUACUCACCAGAUACACAGCACAGCAGUUCCAGAACCCGAGUCCAUUUCUGGAGGACCCUAGCCAGCUUCCUCCUAAAGACGGGGGCCACGGGCAAGACAGUCGUGGCUAUGGACAAUACCAGUAAACUUAGCAUGUUGUUAUGGUGACUGUGACUCUGCAGACUGGGAGGUUUUACUAUCUUCAACCUUCACAAUUGUUAAGGUGCCCUCUGGAGACAACUUGCCUCUUCACCUUAUCCUCCCUGAAGUCUGCAUAUAUGGUAAUUGCUCAGGGGCAGUAAGUCAUUUAUAUUAUUUAUGUAUGAGCUGUGAUAUACACUUCAGUAUUUGUUCUUAUUGAACAGGGAAGUUCUAGCAGCUUUUGUUUGCUAAGGUGCAUAAUGUGAAUAUCAAUAUGAUUAUUAUUAUCAUUAUUAUUAUUUGUAUGAUUGUGUAGGCAAUUCAUUUAUUCAGUUUAGAAAAUGAGCUGACAAAACAACAGCAAAAUCCAUAUCCAUAGUCAGACGUUGGAGGGAGUAUCACUUUGACCACUAUUGUUAAGAUGAUACUGACAAAAUGAUGCAUUAGAAUACUACGCUAAAUAAGUAGUGUUGCAUCAAUAUGCCUCAAUAUAGAUGUAGUUUUUUAAAACAAAACAUUCAGUGCUACAAACAGGAAAAUCACAUCUUUAUAUUUGAGGAAUUUUACAUCUAUUUUGUUAAAAGGACCUCCACCACCUGAAUAUUUGUCAUCUUCACUUCUCACAUCACAUCGGAAAGCUGGUUAUUUAAAAAUUAGUUGCUCCUAAAUCACAUUUUCACUGUACAAUGUACUCUUGCAUACCUUCAUCCUAAACUUCACUCUUUCCAUUUUUUGCCCUUCAUUUAUUAUCUCUUUGAUUUUAGGUUGAGGGGAAGGGACUUAAGUCAUGUCUGUUUUAGUCGUUUUUGUUGACGCGUUAUUUAUUUAUGGUAAACUAUUGAUAGGAAUAAGAGAAUGUUGAUGUAUAAAUAAAGUGUUUUAUGGUUGACUUA